AUGGAGAAAGCUAAACAAGAUGCAUUUGACAACGCAAGACUUGAGGUGAUCAAAGACGGCUAUGAAAGUGCUUUUGAGUGCAUCACUAAAGGCUUGACAGCAGACGAAUCUGGAGACAAGGCUCGGGCUCUGGAGCUGUACAAACGUGGGCGACAGCACCUUCUCAGGGCCAUCAGUGUGCCGACACAAGGAGAUGAGUGUGUCGGCCAGUCCUGGGAAUCAGCCAGACAGAUGCAGCAUAAGAUGCAGGAGACGCUUCACAACAUCACCUCCCGCUUAGCCAUACUAGAGACCAGCUGUGACCUUGAUUCCAUACCUGUAUUGAGCUCUAGUGGUACAGGUGUGUCUGCAGAAAAGCUCUACCCAAAACUUUCGACCAAAGAGAAGCCAGAGAAACCAGAUUCACCAAAGUUGCCUUUGAAUUAUGAUCAGUCAGCAGGAGCUAUAAGAGGAGUACCUGCAUGCAGUAGUGCCUCUCCGCAUGUUUCACGCCCCAGACAGCUUGCGGUUUCACAUGAGCAACCUCCAGCUUAUUCCCCUCAGGCGGCUGAUGGCCACCUUUCAAUCUCAUAUGGAACACAAGCCGGGGAGCUGUCGCUAGUUGGAGAUGAGUUCUACAGUGGCACAUCAACUAUAUCGCCAUCUCCUCAGAGUAUUGGUGAAGACGGAGAAGAGCUGCUGUUCAUCCCUCAGGGGGUUCAAAUUUUCUUUGUCACACCUGAAGGUCAAGUCAGCGCUCCUUCCUACCCAGGGUACUUACGACUGGUGAAGUUUACCAGUGAGCGCCCUGACACCAUGCCAGAUCGACCACCGGCAUUUCUGCAGGUCUGUGACUGGAUCUACCCACUCAUGGCCAUGAACUCUCCAGUGUUGCUGUGUAACACUGGUGUGUUUAUGUUUCCGGACAUGAUGGCACCAGCUCCAGGCUACUAUGUGGGUGUGGUGCUGUCGUCAGAGCUGCCUCCUGCAGAGAGAGAGCGGUUCCACAAAUUGCUGUCACAGAUGACAGAUCUAAGGGUUCAGGCUCCAGAUGAGGCUGCAGACACGGUUAAUCUCAGUCAGAAAGUGUCCAUUGUGCCGCCUGAGGAGACUGCUCCAGCUGUAUCUGAGGAAGAUAAGGCUCUGCCUGAGUGGAGCGAAAAGGUAGCAAGCGGGAUCCUGACAGGCGCAUCCUGGUUAAGCUGGGGCCUGGUGAAAGGAGCAGAGCUCACAGGAAAGGCCAUUCACAAGGGUGCUUCUAAACUUAGAGAACACAUCACGCCAGAGGACAAGCCCACCCACGUCAGCCCGACUGUCACAAAAGGGCUCCAUGUUGCAAAACAAGCGACAGGGGGAGCUGUCAAAGUCAGCCAAUUUCUAGUGGAUGGGGUUUGUGCUGUCGCUGGCUGUGUGGGCCGUGAGUUGGCUCCACAUGUGAAAAAACACGGUGGUAAGCUGAUACCAGAGUCUAUGAGAAAAGACAAGGAUGGCCGUUCCAACGUCGAUGGAGCCAUGGUGGUAGCUGCCAGUGGAAUGCAAGGAUUUUCAGCCGUGUGGUCAGGUUUGGAAGUAGCAGCAAAGAACAUUACGUCAAGUGUCGCAUCAGAGACGGUCACCACUGUGAAACAUAAGUAUGGAACAGCAGCAGGCCAAGCCACAGACCAUGCUGUCAAUUCUGCCAUUAAUGUGGGUAUCACUGCCUUCAACAUUGACAACCUGGGGAUCAAAGCCGUGGUGAAAAAGACUGGAAAGCACACAGCACAGGCCAUUUUGGAAGACUACAAGAUUUCGGAAGGGCCAGAGAAAGGGAAGCAAGUGCAGAAAAUGGGUGAAUAAUAACAGUAUCCUCCUGUCUCGUUGCCCCUCUCAGCAGCGCCUUGUAUAUUAGCAAUGCAUAAAUUGCCUUAAAUAUUUGCAAUGCAUAAUUUGUAUUCUUAUGUGAGGUAGAGUAUAUAUUUAAUAUGCAUUAUUUGUGAUAAACAUUUUGUAUGUCCAAUCUGACUGCUGUUCUUUUGCACUUUAAUGUGAGUGAAAUAAUAUUUAUUAGCCUUGCUGUGAGGAACCAGCAGCAGUGUAAUCUAAUCAUAAUCACACUAACAAAUUACAUUGCUGGCCAUAUAUUGAUACGGAAAGCCCCCCCCACCACCACCACCACCAUGUAACUUUUAAAAAUCACUGUGCAGUCGAAAUGAAACUACCAUUGUUUUGUUUAAAUGUGAAAACAUUUCCAAUUUCUCACCUCUGUAGGUCACUGCUUUUUUUGUAGGUGCAGUUUGCAUUUUGCCUGAAUUGUGGAAACAAAACUUUCAUCACCUUCAGAUAUAACUGAGAUGAUCAAUUUUCUUAUGCAGUAUUUUGAAACUGUGUGCUGCUUACUGUAGCUAUAAUCAAAUGAUGUGCAACAUGUUUUCUUGGUCCAGUCACUGAGGAAUGGAAGCUCACUAUAUUUAAGUGUUAUGAAACAAGUUGUAAGGUGCUGGUGGUGUUGCAGCAGGCCCCUUCAAAGAGGUUUUUUAGAAGGUAGAUACUUUUCUACAAGUGAGUCCAAAAAUGUUAUUCAUAUCUGUUUAAAAUGUUUUGUGUGGAUAGCAAUAAUGGUGCUUAACAGAAUGUGAAUUUAAGUGUGACAUUUCCAAAGUACUAACCUUUUAGUAAGAGUGAGUUGGUCGGUUUUUCUCUACACUCCAGCUUUAAAUCUUUUGUCAGCUGAAUGAAGUUUUUUCCAGUUGUCUCACUUUUAUCAUGGACUUGAGCACUUUGGGGUUUUGUUGGGGGGGGGGGGGGGUUGUUCCUGUAUGUUUGAAAACAUGACCCAGGAUUAAGGGCCAUCUGUUCAAUGUAAUAUAAAGUGAGAUUAAAUAAAUGUUUGCAUUU